CUUCCAUAGUUGAAAAUCGGUAACUGUGCGCACUCCACGCUUCUUUCUAAUAAAUCUGUUGUUGGUCCUGUCUCAACCAAUCAGAAUUCUCUACGUAGAACUACGUAGUAUAUGAAACAUGGCGCUCUCCUGUACAUGUCUAAUCCGGUCAACAAUGGCCCAACAUUGGCAUGUUGUUCUUUAUUGUAUAUGUUUAAUAUACAGCGUGGUAGCUGUUAGUAGAGAAAAUUUCAAAACCUGUGAGCAAAGUGGCUUUUGCAAGCGCCAAAGGGCAGUGGAAGCUGGUCAUUCCUCAUACGCUGUACUGCUGGAUUCUUUGGAUUUAAAACCUUCAAGUAUAACUUUGCAACUUGUUAACAGAAAAAACAAUGUACGCUUUAAACUUGAGCUCUAUGCUCUGGCACAUAAUAUGGCUCGCAUAAAAUUAAACGAGUUCUCCCCAUUAAAAUCUCGAUAUGAAAUUCCUAUUGGAGAUACUUUAAUAAAAGAACCAGUUUUGCAGAACUUGAAAUUAGUAUCUAAAGAAAAAAAUAGUUUAAUUCUAUCGUUUGAAACAAAUCAUGUAGUCAUCACAGCCGAACCAUUCCGGAUUGACUUUCUCACAAAUGACCAUCCUGUUUUAAGCAUUAACAGCCAAGGUUUAUUUAAGUUUGAACAUUUACGACAAAAACAGGGGGUGUUGUCUAGGAUUGGUUCCUAUGUAUAUUCUUGGUUUUCAACCCCUUUCAGAGAUGCUAAUCCUGCUGAGCCUCCACAAGAAGGGGGUGAAUCUAAUGAAGAGAAAAAGGAAAAUACUCAAGAGGAAUCUAAAUCUGAACCUGAGGAACCAGAUAUGUGGGAAGAAACCUUCAAGUCUUUCACUGAUUCCAAACCAAAUGGUCCCACGUCAGUUGGUAUCGACAUUUCUUUCCCUGGCUUUGAAAAUGUUUAUGGCAUUCCAGAACAUGCUGACAGUUUUGCACUAAAGUCUACAAAGAGCACUGAUCCCUAUCGGCUUUACAACUUGGAUGUGUUCGAAUAUGAAUUAUACAAUCCUAUGGCCUUAUAUGGCAGUAUUCCUGUUAUGUUGGCUCAUAAUGAAGAGAGAACUGUUGGAGUUUUUUGGCACAAUGCAGCAGAAACCUGGGUUGACAUCACUUCAAAUGUUGCUGAUAAGAAUUUAUUUAAGAAGAUGAUGGAUUAUGUGAAAGGUGACCAGGAAAUACCACAGACAGAUACUCAUUGGUUCUCUGAAAGUGGUAUCAUUGAUGUGUUUGUAAUGCUGGGACCAAAACCAAAAGAUGUAUUUUAUCAGUAUUCACUACUCACUGGAACCACACCACUUCCACCAUUAUUUGCUUUGGCCUAUCACCAGUCACGCUGGAACUAUAAUGAUGAAGAAGAUGUCAAAAAUGUAGAUAAUAAUUUUGAUGUUCACGACAUUCCUUAUGAUGUGCUUUGGUUAGACAUUGAACACACAGAUGGUAAAAGAUACUUCACUUGGGACAAUGCAAAAUUUCCAAAUCCCGAAGACAUGGUGAGGAAUUUGUCUUCAAAAGGCAGGAAGUUGGUAAAUGUUGUUGAUCCUCACCUGAAAAGAGAUGAUGAUUAUUCAAUCUACAAGGAAGGAAAGGAGAAGGACAUUUUUGUUAAAAAUAAAGAUGGUGGUGUCUUUGAAGGGUGGUGCUGGCCAGGAUCAUCCAGCUGGCCUGAUUUCUUGGAUCCAAAUGUACGUGAAUGGUGGGCAAGUAAAUUUGACUUCAAAGAAUACAAAGGAACUACAAAGGAUGUUUUUAUAUGGAAUGACAUGAACGAGCCAUCUGUAUUCAAUGGCCCAGAGAUUACCAUGCCAAAAGACUUAAUCCAUGUGAAUGGAUGGGAACAUCGUGAUAUUCACAAUAUAUAUGGAAUGCAUGUACAUCGUGCAACAAUGGAAGGUAUUCUUGCAAGAUCAAAUCAUCAAGAACGUUCAUUUGUUCUUACAAGGGCAAUAUUUGCUGGUUCUCAAAGAUAUGCUGCUGUCUGGACUGGUGAUAACACAGGUGAAUGGGGUCACUUGAAAAUGUCUGUACCAAUGAUGCUGUCACUGAAUGUUGCUGGGAUGCCAUUCUCUGGAGCUGACGUUGGUGGUUUCUUCCGUAAUCCCGACCCUGAGUUACUGACACGCUGGUAUCAAGCUGCUGCGUUCCAACCAUUUUUCCGAGCUCAUGCUCAUUUAGAUACUAAGCGUCGAGAACCUUGGUUGCUGCCAGAAAUGAACAAGAACAUAAUCCGAAAUGCUAUACACACUCGUUACACCUUCCUACCAUAUUGGUACACUUUGUUUAGACACAGUGAGAAAUCUGGAAUGCCUGUCAUGAUGCCAUUGUGGGUUGAAUUUCCUGAGGAGUCUUCAAUUUUUAAAACAGAUGAUGAAUAUCUGCUUGGUCCUGCUCUACUGGUUAAACCUGUAGUUGAUCCUGGUGUAACAUCAACUGAUGUCCACUUUCCUGGCAAAGGAGAGAUCUGGUAUGACAUUAUGAACUUCAAGAGUUUUGCUGGCGGUCAGAGCGUCCAGGUAGAUGCUCCUUUAGAUAAGAUUCCUGUAUAUAUUCGUGGUGGCUUCAUUAUUCCAAGGAAGUAUCGCAUGCGGCGUUCGUCUAUUUUGAUGAGACAUGACCCUUUCUCUUUGAUUGUAUGUCUUGACAGAAAUGAUGUUGCCAAAGGAGAUCUUUAUAUUGACGAUUAUCAUUCCACAAAAUAUAAACAAGCAGAGUUUGCACAUCAAGAAUUUACAUUUGAAAAAAAUACAUUAUCCACCAAAUUGGUGAAUCCACAGACAUCAUAUAAAACUAAAGAGUGGAUAGAAAGAAUAAUUAUUGCAGGUUUGGAGAAACAACCGAUGAAACCAACACUAUCAGUUAAUGGAUCACCAUCAAAAAUUCUCGAAACAAAAUAUUAUACUGAAACCAAAGUAUUAGUAAUUCGUAAACCUGGAGUCAAUAUAAUGGAUAACUGGACAAUAACUCUGAAAUAAAAAUUGGAGAUGAAAGAAAAGGGGAAAGCAUUUUUCCUGUUUAAGAUUUUUUUUAAAGAUCAUGAUAUAUAUAUAUAUAUUGCGAUCAGUAGACAAGGGGCAAUUUUUUUUUUUGUCUACCCUCAUUUUUUUUGCCCCUCAAUGAAAAAAAAUACAUAAAAAAAUAAUUUAAAAAAAGGGAAUUCCUGUUCAGAGCUAAUGUUAGUGCUUUGAAAUUGUGUUGGGAGUGGGGGGAGAAGGGGGGGGUGAAUUAACUGAAACAAGAUACAAAGUAAAUGAAAAUUAUAGAUUUUUUUUUUUAAAAGGUAGGAAUGAAAAAUAAAGUUUAUCUUGGGUCAGGUGAAAGGGGUUUGUUUAAAAAAUACCCUCAAACUUUUUAGUAGAAACAUUUAAUAAUUUAAAAUAAAAAUAUUUUAAAAAAACGAAAAAAAAAUGAAAAAUUUAAAAUAAUUCCAAAAACAUCUUGGUUGGUUUAUUGCUGACCUUUUUUUUUCCCCUCCAAAAUCCAUCACCUGCCACUUCGUACAUUUAAAAUUGUUUUUGGAAACUAAAUCAAAACAAAAAAAAAA